GAUUAUCUGUUCAAGCUUUUGUUGAUCGGCGACUCCUCUGUUGGAAAAUCUUGCCUGCUUCUUCGAUUCGCUGACGAUGCUUACAUUGACAGCUACAUAAGCACCAUUGGUGUUGACUUCAAAAUUAGGACGAUUGAGCUGGAUGGGAAGACGAUUAAGCUUCAAAUCUGGGAUACUGCUGGGCAGGAGCGUUUCAGGACCAUCACUAGCAGCUACUACAGAGGAGCUCAUGGAAUCAUCAUUGUGUAUGACUGUACUGAGAUGGAAAGCUUCAACAACGUGAAGCAGUGGUUGAGUGAGAUCGAUAGAUAUGCUAACGAAAGUGUAUGCAAGCUUCUGAUCGGUAACAAGAAUGAUAUGGUUGAAAGUAAAGUUGUUUCCACCGAAACUGGAAAGGCUUUAGCAGAUGAGCUCGGAAUCCCCUUUCUUGAGACCAGUGCUAAGGAUUCCAUCAACGUGGAACAGGCAUUCUUAACUAUUGCCGGCGAGAUCAAGAAGAAAAUGGGAAGCCAGCCGAAUGCAAACAAGACAUCGGGAAGUGGAACUGUUCAAAUGAAAGGCCAGCCAAUCCAACAGAACAAUGGCGGUUGCUGCGGUCAGUAG